AUGCCGCUGUUCUCUCGGUUUAAGAAUAAGGGAGCGCAGCCGACAUCCAAGGGCAAGACACUCGGCGACCUUGACACCGCUCCCGCCCCUAAACAGCAGACAAGAUGGCAGUCGCGCUGGGAAAGCACCGUGAUCGUGCCCGAGGAGAUCAAAGAGUUGGUCAACGUCUGCACGGCCGAGAUGAAGUCGCGAGGUAGGCACUCCCUGACACUUGGACUUUCCAACUGCGGCUAUGGACUGACAACCUCCCAGCUGAAGCACUCGAUGCACCAUUCCUCCUCCUCCCUUUCCGCCCUGACUCCGAUCCCCAAGGCGCGCGCGCGUUUAUCCGCAAUUUCUACAAGUCGAACGCCGAGCGAUCUUCUCAGUACACCGGUGACGGGUUGAAGCAAGAGCUACGCCUGACGGACUCUGUUGUGUUGUGCGGCAUCUUGAAAUGGUGCUGGAGUCGCAUGCCCAAUGGAGUUGUGUCUUGGCCCGUGUACGAGGUAUUUCGAAUUGGUGAGAAGGAGGCCAACCUGGCUCGUAAUGCCUUCGACACUUUUAUACCCAUUGGGGCCGAUUCCGAGGCUCGCAGGAGCGUUAUCUUCGACUUCUUCGACCUGAUUGCUGCGGUCGCCGCGCAUGGCAAGAUGAAUGGAUUGACGGGACGCAAGGUCUCCCGACUGGCUGGUUGGUGGGCCUUCGAGCAUACCGACAGCGGCAAUGGCUUUGAAGGAGGCUACAAGUCCUGGGCCGCUGCAGCAGAUGCCGCCAGCCAUCUGUUCUUUGCGUACUUGCGCUCUCAAUCUCCUGACACGGAUCCCUCCAUGAACGUCAUCGAGCGCAUACCUCGAUCCUUGCAGGCCCUAGUAGCCUCGACUGAAUACCCCCCUGAAACGCCAACGCUACUUCAGCGGGCCACGCCGCGCGUGGUCAUGCUUGUCGAUCAAGUCUCUCCUACGCCAUUCGCGCUCCUUCGUAGAGCGAAGCAUUUCGAAUAUCGGGACCGCGAUCGGGUGCUGCGCGAGUAUUCCGAAUACGAGGAUCCCAUCGACGCUUUGACGGAUGAAUGCAAGCGUGUCCUGUACGCCGUGUCUUCGGCGAACCAAUCCAUUGCGGCUCGCUCAAGACAGGCAGCCCGAAAGCCUGAAGAGUCCUGGACGGCUUUCCAGAAUCUGGGUUUCGCUGACAUUGACGAAAAGGCAUUGACGCAGAGGUCACCCACAAACGGAUCCACCAAGACUGUCGGUCAGGGGCUGCGGGAACAACCGCAAUCGAGGAACGCUGAUGCUGGACGACCCACGACCCCUUCAUGGGCCGACUUUCUAUCUUCUGGAUUCGCUGAUGAUGGCUCUGCCAAAUCUCCCGCAUUGCUAUACCCAUCUGCGCAUGUUCUUCCUCCCAUUAGCAGCGGCUCGACGUCUCCUAGCCCGCUUGCAGGCGACGAUGAGAACCUCGCACCCGGCGAGCUCGCAGCGAUCACCAACAUUUCCUUGGACGAUGCUUUCUGGUGGGUAUGGAUGACGAGUUUGGCCGGCGAGGAGCCUUCUGCUCGCAAAGCUGUGUUUGGAAGAUGUGCGCUCAUCGAGACGAGUAUCAUGGGCGGCCGCUGGCUCAUCAUGGAGGAGCAGGUCAAAGGCGCUGCUCCAGAUCCGACUGAAGGCGUUUACAUUGCUCCCAAGAAAAGCAUAUUCAGCUUUACCAAGCGUGGUAGACUGGGACGCAAGCGUUCCACUAGCAAGCAGCCUUCUCGAGAGCAGCCUCAACGCGCCCUUUCGGCUACUCCAAGCAAGACCAGCAUCACGACGGACCAACAAGCAAAGAUAAAGGCUGCGGCAAGGGCUUUGACAUCAAGGAAGCAGGAGACUCCCGAACCUGAUGCCGCUCGGCGCGGCAGACACGACGAUGGUCAAGCCAGCAAGACUAACAGCAUGCUGACUCUCGGCUUGCAGAGUGAGGCAGGGCCUGCCAUGAAGUGGGCCAGCUCUUACGACAAGAGCACGAUUCGGGCUCAGUAUCUCGGCGAUUCUUUUGCCGGAAAGGGAAUGUCUCGAGAGGACCUCCGCCGCAUCUCGUCACUCAAUCCCGCUGGAGACAGUGGGAUGGCGACGCCUGUCCCACCAACAUCACCCGCAGCACCAGCUUUCCCAUCUGAGCACAACGACCGCGAAUUGCCACCAGUAUCGAAGGAUGACGAAAAGCCUGCGUCAAACGAGUCCCUUGUGCCUGAGUCUUUCCGAGUUUCGAGCAUUCAGGACACGGUUGCUGCUUUUCCAGAUGUUCCAUCUACACAGAACGAAGAUGAUGAGGCUGCGCCAUCCCCCGAGGUACGACGCACGGCACCGGAGUCAUUGACUGCUCUCGACAAGGAAAUUGGCGCAUCUCCAAAGGGGCCAAAGAUGGGACGGAAACCUGUCCCUCGUCAAGACGAACACCCGGCUUUCAGAGCUCCGGAAAAUGACUACUCGAACGCGUCACCGACGACGCCGAAGCCAAACGCAGCGGCCCUUGCAGCUGCGCGAGCCAUGCAAUCUCAAGCAGCGACUAGCCCCGAGGAGAGCAGCAAGUCUAAGAAGCCUGCUGGCCAAAGUGGCGGUGGCAUUCGUAAACUCUUCGGCAAGAAGAAAGAAAGCACCCGUGGUGAUUCUUUGGACAUGCCAAGACCUGGGAGCAACGGCCUGGCUCGUCCGGCCGAGAUCGGUAUUGGCCGUCGCCUUUCCCUAAUGCGUAAGAAACCCACCGCCACGCCCAUGACAAGCACUACUGCCGUCGCUAGCCAGCCUGAGCCAGAAAUGCCUGCCCAGGAGCCCACUGUCACUGCUCAAAACUUCGCUCAUGAUCAUUCGCCCGCGGAGCUGUCUCGCAGUAGUACUCACGAGCAUGAAGCGGCCGAGCGAGAGUUCUCUCGCUUUGAUCAGGGCCCGAUGGACGACAUGCCGUCGGCGAUGCCUCACGAUACCUCUGAGGAACCAUCUCCACAGCUAAAUCAGCACCAUUUCAACACUCUUGCCGCAGCUAGGCUGCAUCCGCAAGCGACGGAGGAUGCGACUAUGCUGCCUUUCGAUGCUCCUGCCUCUGACGUCGAGUCUGAAGUAACCAUGGAAGACAACCAGGAUACUGAGGUCGUGCAAGACCGCUGGGCUACUAUUCGCGAGAACGCACACAAGCGGGCGGCUCAGCGUCGCGAGGACGUUGGAAGACCCAGCGAAGACCAGAGCACGCAAAGCAAAGCAAGCCAGAGCCUUCGAACAGAUGAUGGAGAGACAAGCGGAGAAGAGAGUGAGUGCCCACCCAUGGAACUGUAUAUGUGACCUGAGCUGACAUUCUCGUAGCUAUUGAAUCGCGCGUUGCCCGCAUCAAGGCACGUGUUGCCGAACUUACUGGCAACAUGGAUGCCGCACGACAGUGA